AUGAUGGAGGCGACACCCGUGGAAGCCAAGCCAUCGCCGUUCUCGCCUACGUCAAAGCUACGGAAGCUCGUGUCGCCUGCGUCGUCGCGGCAUCUGCGCAGCCCCAGCAGCUCUAGCAUGGAGCAUGUGACCGUCGCGUCGGCCCGCCCGACCAGUUCUGGUAGUUUAGAACGCACCAGCAGCAUCCCCCGGCUGAAUUCGUCGUCCAAAGUGCACAUGCUUGCGCGUAAAUUCGAGCUCAAGAUUGAAACGAACGCGAUUGCUGCCGCGUGUUCAAACCAGUCGUCAUCCAAAGAGGCUGUCGUAUCGAGUCCCGGAUCUUCGCCUUUGGAAGAGCCUCAAACGCCUGUCAACCCGAAUGAAGAAACCAUUCGAGCGCUCGUUCGUAUUCGCCCUGCAUCGCCGAUCCGCGAUGAAGUCGACCGGACAGUCGUUAUCCCGGACAAGUGCAUUCGCCGAUGCCUCGAGCCUGACCCUUCGUCCAUGAACGUUGUCAACUUCAAGCAAGGCGCAGACAAGCGCCAAUUCUCCGUCGACGGUCUCCUUGUGGACACUGCGACCCAGGACGACGUGUUUAAGCUUGUCGGGAUGCGAGUCGUUGACAACGCCGUCGACGGGUACAACGGAAGCAUCUUUGCCUACGGACAGACGGGCUCUGGUAAAACGCACACGAUGCAGGGCGACAUGACCGAAGGCAGCGCCGACCGCGGCGUGAUUCCGCGCAUCGUCGACUACUUGUUUGAGAAAUUGACCGACGCGCAGACUUCGUUCGACAUGACGUGUUCGUACUUGGAGAUCUACAACGAAAAGAUCUACGACUUGCUCGACGUCAUCUCGGACGAGCCCAAGUACAUCCGAGAAGAUGCGACGCUCGGGUUGUUUGUCCAAGACCUGGUCGAGAUGCCCGUCGCGACCCCCCGCGCGGCGCUGCACGUCCUCGAAGAUGGCGGCAAAAACCGGACGGUCGGGAGCACCACCAUGAAUCGCGAGAGUUCGAGGUCGCAUUCGGUUUUUACGAUCAAGUUGACGCAGCGACUCGAUGAAGCGGGCGUUGAGAUCACGCGCAAAUCGACGUUGCACUUGGUCGACUUAGCUGGGUCCGAGAAACAAUGCCACACGGGGGCGGUCGGCACUCGUCUGAAAGAAGCGAGUCAAAUCAACAAGUCGCUGUCCGUCCUCGGCAACGUCAUCACGGCACUGGUCGACGUCUCGAACGGCAUCAAGCGCCACGUGCCAUACCGGGACUCGAAGCUGACAUUUCUCCUUCGGGACGCUCUCGGCGGCAACUCGAAGACGACGCUGAUCGCCACUGUCUCGAGUGAGGAAAAAUUCAGCAGCGAAACGCUGUCGACACUGCAGUUCAUGCAACGCGCCAAGCACAUCAAGACGGUCGCUAACAAGAACGAAGACACACGGACAGUGAUCAAGCAGCUCCAGGUCGACAUGACCGCGCUCCGUGGCGACUUGGACUCGGCUCGAUCGACGAUCCGUGUCGAGCAAGCCAAGCGCGUGGCGGUGCAGGAACACUUGGCGCGGCUCCAAAUGGAAAAAGAAGAUCGUGUCACCGCGAACGACAUCGAAAUGUUGUCGCUCAAGGCACAGGUAAUCGCGUUAGAAGCGCAAAUCGCCAUGCAAGCAGAAAUGGCCGAGGCGGCGAGGCGACAAUGCGAUGUGGAGAAGCAGGGAUUGCGCGCAGAAAUCCAGGACAAAGCGGACCAUUUAGCCCACACCCAUGACGAUUUGGACGCGUGCCAGAAAAUGCUCAUGCAGAUGCGACUGGAACUCGAUCAGGCGCGCCAAACCCACACGUCCGAUGCAAGUCUGUUGGCGACGUUGCGCGAGGAAGGCAUCAAGCGGGACAACGAUCAAGCGGGGCAGCAGGAAGCGUGGAAUCAAAAGCUGGUGGCGCUGCAGGCGGAUUUGGCCCAAGCCACCCAACAGCUCGAUGUCGAGCGGCAUGAAGCUGCCGCAUGGAAGGCCACAGUUGUCCUGCUGAAGCAUCAGUUGGACACUCACCCGUGUAAAGCCGUCACCACUCCACCGGACGAAGCCCCACGGCAAUGGAUGUCUCCGCCUUCAACACCCACUUCGUUGUCGGGGCUGCCACAAGGGUUUGCCAAUGGUGUUGGCGCGACUCCUCCCAUUUCCGAAGAUGGACAGCCUCUCGUGUCACUGCGCCCAUCCACGACGCGAAGGACGGGCCACCGACACAGCGAAAGCGACUUGUCCGAAGAGUUCCGUCAGGCAAUCGGAUCGUUCUCUAUCCCGUCGUCGAUUGAAGAAGCCCACCGUGAUCUCCAGCUCCAACACGACCAGUUGCUUCACGUCAUGCAAAAGCUCGAUGGACUCCGCAACUCGAAAAAGUUUCUCCAACACGCCCUCCAAACGACUUUAACAGACAACGCCGACAUGGUUCAAAGCCUGAAGAAGUUGCAGAUCGAGCGCAACACGGCGAUGGACGCUCUGCAGCAGACCGUGGCGGAAGAGAAGAAGGCCAAGAAAAUGCACCAAAUCCAAAUGCUCCACGCGUCGAAGCACUCGCUUGGAGACGACUCGGCGCCGACGACGCCCUUGCCGUCGUUGAAACGAACUACCACGACCUUCAGUGGAUUUUCGACCCUCCAAAAGGACGAAGAGCUCAAGCAACUCGCGGCGGACAAGGUGACUUUGACAGCGCGACUCAAAGCCACCCAGGCAAAAGUGGCAUCGCAGGAAGACGAGAUCAAGCGCCUGAGACUGCACCAACCUGGGAUCGACUUGAAUGCGUGGGCGCAGGAAUAUCGCCGCGUGGCGCAUGCUCUCCUGGCCGCCGCCAUGGAGGAAAACAUCGAUGGAAGGCAAGCUACUUGGCGGGCACUGCUCCAAGAGCCCGUCGAGCCGACCCACACGCCAUUUUACCAAGGAUUAAUUGAGGGCCUGGUCGCAAAGCUCAAGCAGUUGGCGUCCAUCUCGGAGGACCAGAAACUCACGAUUCAGAUCCUCGAGAAAGAGCUCCAUUGCUACAAGUUGGCCAAAGAGCUUAAAACGACCUAGGGCAUGCAAAGACAGUCGUCGCGCAUGUCGUUAACGACCAAAAGAGAGCGAUACUUGUUUCGACGACUGGUUCGCCACAAGCACGACGCCUGUACACGUCACUGCCAC